AUGAAGUUCGCUCUGGUAAUUGUGAUUGUAUUUGCCGCAACGGCGUUCGCAGCUCCUCUGGAAGAUAGGGAUGCACACAUAGUUCAAUACGAAAAUGAUAAUCAGGGCACCGAUGGAUACAAUUUUAAAUAUGAUACCAGCAACGGGAUCCAAAGGAUAGAACAAGCUCAGCUGAAGAACUUUGGCGGAGACAUCAAUGCUUUGGUUGUACGCGGAUCGUAUUCUUACCUCGGUGCCGAUGGUCAAACCUACACCGUUAACUACAUUGCCGAUGAGAAUGGAUUCCAACCGGAGGCACCUCAUAUACCGCGGCUGUGA